AUGCCGCCAUCGACAAGAGCUGGACAGACGGGAAGGGGCGAUGAUGAUCAAGCAACCACAAGCAAUGGACAGGAGGAAGGAUGGCUCACGCAGGUAGUCAGGAUCCUCCAGCUGGUGAACCCAGCACUAAUGGCCAAGGAAGCAAUUGUGCGAGCUAUGGGCCUCAUCAGCAUUAGCAACCAGACCCCAUGCAGGGAGACUGAGAAGAUCCCCAAGGAGGUGUCGAGCGCCAUUGCGCACAUCAAAAAGCUCAGCAACAGCAACUGGCACACUUGGGAACCUACCUUCAUCGACUGCCUCCAAAGAGUACAUAAUGCGAAGGAGAUACUGUAUGGCACGGUGGCGCCUGGAAAUGAGGAAUAUGAUGAAGACUUGGAUAAAGCCCUCGUGGGUCUCAUCCAUGCCUGCUGCGACAACAGUCCAGACAGCCGUAUCGACACCUACACCAUCAGGGGAGCGGAUGAAGAAGUCCAGCUCGGCAGCACACUCUAUGCCAAACUCAAGAAGGCACUAACACUGAACAACGCUGUAAAGCGAGCAGGACUGCAGGAUUGUAUUCACACAGUGCGCUUGCACAAUCGAGACAUUGUCAGGCUAGGCAAGGAACUCGAUUUGAUCUGGAACGACGCAGCACGCCUGGGAAAGCAUUUCGACAAGGACCUCAAGAAAUCAACUCUCUAUCACUGCACAGCCCAAGAUUGGUUCUAUGCCAAUGCCAUCGAUGCACUGAAGAUGGCCAGACCAGACUGUAAGUAUGAUGAAGCCUACCAUGCACUCGCCAAGAAACAGCAGGAUGGUGAGGUCACUGGCCAUAUUAGAGGAGCAGCAAGGGUUGCCACAAGCACGGAACAGGGGAGCACCAACCAGGCAGAGCAAGGACCCAGGGGCAGGCACGAUCCUUGCAACCCCUCGGCCCCCCCAAAGUGCUAUGCUUGUGGAGGACCUAAUCACAUUGCUUGGAACUGCACAAACACCAACAAUAACCCCGCACCGAGUAGGGACGGACCCACCACCAAUCCAGCACAAGAAGCGAGUCGUGGGGAUGAGCAACCAACAUCGGACACCUGGAUCGUUGAUUCGGGUGCGAUGCACCACAUGGUGAAUGAUGAAAGAAUGCUGCUCACCUCGAUGCACAAGGACGGUCAGAUCUGUAUGGCUGGAAAUGAAAGGCUUCAAGUGAAGGCCAUAGGAGACGCCUCCCUUCGGGUUGGCGAUGUAACCAUCCAGCUAUUGGAUGUGCUCUACAUGCCGAAACUUAAUUCUAAUUUAUUAUCAGUACAAGGCUUGAUCGAGAAUGGUGCACGGGUAACUUUCGAUGAGUUUGGAACCAUCAUUAAGCAAAAUGACAGCACACAAAUACAAUACAAGAGGAACAGAAGAAAAGGGUGGUUCGAAGUACAGGGAAAGGCACUAGCCCUGGAGUUGGAAGAGACACUCGACGACAUCCCAGAGGGCAACCAGAACACAGGAAAACUAGAUAAUGCCCCAGAGGGCAAUAAGGACACGAAGCAUCAAGACAGCUACCUAUGGCAUGAGAGGUUCGGACACCCAGGACGAGACAAAACGAGACAAAUCCGGGCUCAUUACCUAGGUACCGAUGAGGAAAUGGAACAUGAGUCGAAGCACUAUCUCAAAGGACAUGCCAACUACCACUACGCACUAGUUGCUGUGGACGACUUCUCCUCUCUGAUCUACAUGGAACCACUCUGCACAAAGAGUGCUGCACUCACGGCGCUGAGGAGGUGGAUAGCCAGGAUGGAACAGGCAAUGGACAGGAAACUCAAAACACUCCACAGCGACAAUGGAGGAGAAUGGUGCAGCAUAGCAGCCGAAGACUGGCAAACUCAAGAGGGUUUCAAGUGGCAAAAGAGCGUCCCGGGGAUCAGCGUCCAAAAUGGACAGGCGGAGAGAGCAAUCAGGUCGGUCCAAGAAAAGAUGCGCUCGAUGCUGAUUGGUCGAGCUUGCCCCAGAGAGUUGUGGCCGUAUGCAAUCACAGCAGCAGCACACGUGAUGAACCUUACCCCAUCAGCCACCAAAACCAUCCCCCACAAGGCCUUUUAUGGAACCACCGCGCACAAGCUGGCCCAGCAGCUGCAAGUCUUCGGAUGCUUGGCAUGGGUUCAUGUUCAACAGAAGGACCAGCAAGGCAAGUACGGGGCUAGAGCAAAGCCAGCCAUCAUGAUUGGGUAUGACGACGAACACAAAGCAUGGAAGUUUUGCAACCUGGACCAGCCUGCGUCAAUUCAAUGGAGCAACUCAGCAACAUUCCAUGAGGACAAAGGAUGGAGUGAUCACCAACAAGAGGCAGUCAGGCCCGUGGUGACAGCGGAGGUCAAGGAGGAGGGUGUCACGCCAGCCAUAGUGGAGGAGGAGACCAAAUCAGAGGCCACAGUGGAGGAUCUCCUACCAGCCGUAGACAGCACAGUAGGCACCGCCAACACAGCAAUACUGAACCUGGACCCAACACUUGGGGAAGCAAUGAAUGGUGAGGACGCCCAGCUCUGGAAGGAGGCAAUACGAAAGGAGCUAGAAGGACUUGAGGCAAUGGGGACUUGGGAGGUGGUGCACCAACCAUCAGGAGUACCACUUGUGGACUCUAAGGUUGUGCUUUGGCUGAAGCUUGAUGCUGAUGGUGUACCUGUUAAGCACAAGGCACGACUGGUUGCAAGGGGCUUCACACAGAGAGAGGGGAUCGACUACCAAGAAACCUUCUCUCCAGUAGCACCCCUCGGAGCGAUCAGAGCCAUCUUAGCACUAGCAGUGCAGAACAACUGGGAGGUACAUGCUCUGGACAUCACUAUGGCUUACUUGAACUCCACGUUAAAGGAAGCAAUCUACAUGAAGCUGCCAGAAGGAUCAGGAGUAGCACCCAGCAAGGUGUACAAGGUAGAGUGCGCUCCCUGCAUCUACACCAAGGGACAGGGUGAAGAUAUGGCCAUUGUGGUCAUCUACGUCGAUGAUACACUAGUCAUAGCACCACGGCUGGAAACGGUCCUAAAGGUUAAGAAGCAGAUUGGUCAGAGAUGGAAGAUGGAAGAUAGCGGUGAGGUCUCUCACUUCCUGGGCAUCAAAAUCAGUCGAGACCAUGUGAUGCGCACCAUGAUGAUUGGUCAGUCAGGGUACAUUGACCAAGUGCUGGCAAAGCACCUGGACAAAUGUACGAAGCCGACCAUGGUUCCAAUGCAGAGCAUACCGGAGGGAACCCUUGUCGCAAGUGCAGCACAACAGAAGGAGUAUCUGGUGAUUGUUGGCAAGCUGCUCUGGGUUGCCAACAGCACCUGGCCCGACCUUAGCCUUACCAUGGGUGUUCUCGCUAGGUACAUGCGUGAACCAUCACAGGAGCAUUAUCAGGCAGCACAAAGGGUCUUACGCUACCUCGAAAGCACAAGGCAGGUUGGAUUGGUUUAUAGGGCAAGUGAGUCGCAAGAGCCACUGGUCGCGCACAGCAAUGCAAACUGGGCGAGCGAUGCCACCAUACAGAGAAGGAGUACAUCGGGGUCAGUGGCGUUAGUGUACGGGAAUCCAGUAGCCUGGAAGUCAGUGACACAAAAAUGCGUGUCAUUGUCCGCUGUUGAGGCAGAGUUCAUUGCAGCCACAGAAGCAACAUGUGAGGUGCUCUUCCUCAAGCAGCUGCUACGCUCAAUUGGCAUUGCCACAGGCACACCAACGGUCUACUCAGACAACACUGGUUGCAUACAGGUUAGUAAGGACCCAGCACAGCACUGGAAGCUUAAGCACAUUGACACCAAGUAUCACUUCGUCUGUAACAACGUCCAAGAGGGAAGGGUGCAGAUCAAGUAUGUAGACACCACAAGAAACUUGGCAGACAUACUCACAAAGCCCAUUGGGAGACAGGCAAUGCAGCAAGCAAGAUCUGGGCUACACCUGCAAAUACCAGCAGCAGUGUACAAAACGGGGUCCCCGAGCUAUGCGACAGUGUUGAAGAACGGAGGUCACACCUUGAAAUAA